AUGAUGAAGGCCGGCCAGGAUAGUCAGGUUCCAAAGGGUACUGAGUAUGGAGGUACAGCACCGGGAACUUCAGACAGGAGUUCCUCGCGUGGCAUGGCUAUGCCGACACCUCAGCUUUGGAGCCUGUGCAGGGACACUGUGGACAACUCUGCAAUUCAAGAUGGCAGCAGCACUGUGCCGUGUGCAGAGACGCUGCACCUGGCACGUCAGCUCGGUGGGCCGUGUGCAGAAAAUGGCAGUGGAGGGCCGUGUGCAGAGACGCUGGCCCCGCCCCUUCAAGCUGGAGCACCUGUGAGCCGCACAGCUACACCCGACCAGGAAGAACUCUGCCCCCUCCCCGCUGACAAGACCUCUGUACAACAGCCCUGCUUUUGGCCCGUAGCCGAGGACUUUUCAGGAGAGCGAGUACUCUAG